CCAUGUUGGACUCAAUUGACCUCUGAAUAAGUGUCUUCCUUCGUUCUCCAUCCAAUCAACGCCAAUUCUCUUCUUUACCCACUCGCUCUCCGUCAUCCCCGGCCACCGUAUCCGGCGGAGAGCCGCCCUUCUCCCAUCGUCCCUGUAAAGCUCGCCGCUUGGCGUUGCUAUUUCUAGGCUUCAUCGAUAUGAACGCGGUCUUCAAUAAGCUACGCAGUUUGGACGCAUACCCAAAAGUCAAUGAAGAUUUCUACAACCGCACACUUUCCGGCGGUGUCGUCACCAUCGUCUCCGUCGCCGUCAUGCUCUUCCUUUUCAUCUCCGAGCUAAGUUUAUACCUUUAUACUGUUACCGAGAGUCAGCUUUUGGUGGAUACUUCUAGAGGAGAAACCUUACACAUCAAUUUUGAUGUCACUUUUCCUUAUGUUAGAUGCUCAAUGCUCAGUUUAGAUGCAAUGGAUAUUAGCGGCGAGCAGCACCUUGAUAUAAGACAUAAUAUCAUGAAAAAAAGAAUUGAUUCUCAUGGCAAUGUGGUAGAAGUGAAGCAGGAUGGAAUUGGUGCACCAAAGAUUGAGAGGCCCUUGCAGAAGCAUGGUGGCAGACUAGGACAUGAUGAAGAGUAUUGCGGUUCCUGUUUUGGUGCAGAAGAAUCAGAUGAUCAAUGUUGUAAUUCUUGUGAAGAAGUGCGUGAAGCAUACAGGAAAAAGGGAUGGGCGCUGUCUAAUAUGGAUUUGAUUGACCAGUGCCAAAGAGAAGGCUACGUACAAAAGGUAAAGGAUGAAGAAGGUGAAGGAUGCAAUAUUCUUGGAUCUCUUGAAGUUAAUAAAGUGGCUGGAAACUUUCAUUUUGCAACUGGAAAAAGCUUUCUUCAGUCAGCUAUGUUUCUUGCUGAUCUACUUGCUUUACAAGAUAAUCAUCUAAAUAUAAGUCAUCAGAUUAACAAAUUAAGUUUUGGAGCCCACUUCCCCGGAUUAGUAAAUCCUCUUGAUGGGGUAAAAUGGGUGCAAGGACCAAGUCAUGGCAUGUACCAGUAUUUCGUAAAGGUGGUCCCUACAAUAUACAAAGACAUUAGAGGCCAUGUUACCUAUUCAAAUCAGUAUUCUGUGACUGAGCAUUUCAAGAGUUCAGAGCAAGGUGCAGUCCCUGGAGUGUUCUUCUUUUAUGACAUAUCACCAAUUAAGGUCAUCUUUAAAGAGCAGCACAUUCCAUUCUUACAUUUCUUGACCAGUGUUUGUGCAAUUAUUGGAGGUGUAUUCACCGUGGCGGGAAUAGUAGAUUCAUCCAUAUAUUAUGGUCAGAGAACAAUAAAGAAAAAGAUGGAGCUCGGCAAAUAUAGAUAAUCUGGUGACUAAGCUACGUUGAGUCUGGUUAAUGGCAUGCUUGGUGCUGCAUCAUGUUUCAUCCGCAUCCUUGUGCUAACAUACACAUCCAAGCAGAGCUGCUGAUUCUCUCCAUGAAUGAAGUGUAUUUUUUAUAUAUAUUUAAUUUUGUUCUUUUGGUUUAGAGGAAUUGAGGAUUUUCCAAGUGUCCAAACUGAGAGAUAUUGGUUGGGAUAAUACAUGAUUUGAUUAUGCACAACAGAAUUCUCAUUU